CUGGACACCCUCCCUUCCCCUUCUAUCCUCUCUUUUUCUCUCACUAUGCGUAACCCUUCUCCGUCGGCUUUGCCUUGUUACUAGUUUUGUGGAAAGAAGAACACAACAGGGGAAGGAGGACACCGAUGGAGUGCAACCAGCCUCAUGUUCCCAAGAAAUCCAGCAGCUUCUCCUCCAGCCGCGACGAGAAGCACCGCGAGAUCAACCGCAACCUCUCCUUAGGCUCCAUCAAGCUCGAACAGAGCUAUGAGAAGAAGGAGAGACACGACCAGGAGACAAUAGAGGAGGAUCGGGAGGAGGAGAAGGCCACAAAGGAGCAGGAGGAGGAGAAAGAAGCAAGCAAUGACGAGGAGCCUGAAGCUACUUUGCUCACCAUCUCCGAGGACAUAGAUAGAUUCCUCCGCUUGCUCCUCGCCGUCGAAGAUGGCCAAGAUGGGAGCCACGAGCCGCCGGAGAUCCCCGAAUCCACCGUCGAGAAGUUUGUCAUUUUGGUGGAGGAGGAGAUCGCCAAAUACGAGACCGGCGAGGAGAAAUGGCCCUCGUGCGACGACGAACUCUCGCUCCUCGAUGCCAUCGACAGGGUCUCGAAACUGACAUCGGCGGUGGCGAAAUUCUCGUCGGAGCUCAAGUACAACGAGGCGAUGAACCAUUCCGGCAGCGUCCUCCACCACGCCAUGUGCUUCCUCGAAGACGAAUUCCACUCGUUGCUUCAGGACUCCAGAACAAAGCAGGAAGCAGCCAGCAGCAGUUCGAGGACCAAGCAGCUGCCGUCACUAAUCUACCGCUUUCACGAGCCGGAACGCAGCGUGUCACCCUCGUCGGAAUCCAGUCCCUGCGAGUCUUCCCAGGCAUACAUACCGGAGAACACCGAGAGGCUGCACAGGAUCGCCGACGCCAUGAUCUCUGCCGGGUACGUUACAGAGUGCUGCCAGGUGUUCUCCAUUGCUCGACGCAAUGCAUUCGAGGCAGGACUGCCGAGCCUCGGGUUCGAGAAGGUUGGCAUCGAAGACGUGAUCAAGAUGGCGUGGGAGAACUUGGAAUCUGAGAUCGCUACGUGGGUUAAGGCCUUUCGCCACACCAUCACGGCCUCCUUUACCGCCGAGCGCGAGCUGUGCGAGGCUGUGUUCGCCAGCCACCGCGCCAUCUCCGACCGCCUCUUUCUCGGCUUCGCCAACGGUGCCAUCGUCCAGCUCCUCACCUUCGCGGAGGCUGUCACGAUGACAAAACGCUCCGCCGAGAAGCUGUUCAAGGUGCUCGACGUCUACGAGGCCAUGCGCGACGUGCUGCCGACGGUCGAAGCCCUGCUCCCCGACGAUGGCGAGCAGGACGAACCCUCCGUCUUUGCGGAUCCCAAGACGGAGAUAUCGUCAUUGCGGUAUCGCCUUGGAGAGGCAGCCGUCGCAAUCUUCUGCGAUCUGGAGAGCUCGAUCAAGGCCGACAACAGCAAGACCCCUGUACCGGGCGGCGCAGUCCACCCUCUCACCCGCUACGUCAUGAACUACCUCAAGUACGCCUGCGAGUACAAGAGCACAUUGGAGCAGGUCUUCAAGGAGCACAAGCAUGCCGAGAAGCCAUCAUCCUUCGACGAGGACCGCGAAAAUUCUCAGACAAGCGGUGGAGGAGACGGCGACCGCAACAGCAACAGUAGCGGCAAUGACAAUUACAAUCCGUUCGCAGCUCAACUAAUCGAGGUAAUGGACUUGCUGCACUCCAAUCUGGAGUCGAAAUCGAAGCUCUACAAGGAUCUGGCCUUGAGCAACAUUUUCUUGAUGAACAACGGGAGGUACAUCGCGAAGAAGGUGAAGGGG